AUUCCAACAGUGAAAAAGUAGCCGGAGGACACAAAAGUCUGAAAACAACUUCUGGCAGCGGUUUAACAAUAUAGAGUUUAACGCUAAAAGGCAAAUGUCAGGCCCUCGCCUCAGAGAAAGUAUGUCUUUGUUAGCACAAAUGUAAGACAGCUCCCGUUUGGUUCCUGGAUUCUCAGCCUGCCUACCCUUUCCGUGUUUGCUGUCUCCAUAGCAACAAAGCUUCUCUAUUUCCCCCUCUACUGCCUCUGCACUUACAGGGCUAGGUACAUGCACCUUCAUGUCAUCUGUUUGAGAAGCUCACUAUGUUCAGAUAGAUCUUUAGAUUGUUUGACACAGAGUAAAGCAUGAAGGGAGCAGAAACGGGGAAGGAUAAAUGGGCCCAGAGCGGCUGGCGGAUAGAGCAGAGGUACGGGACCAAGGUGCUGAUGGGCAACUGGGCAGAAGACAGACUCCAGGUAGAAAGGAAGUAGCAGGAAAAAGUUUGUUCUGAGCAUUAUUUUUGGCUACAGGGUGGCUUUUUGCAUUCAAUUUGCACAUGGAGACAUAGACUGCUGUGUAUUGCUAUUGUGCAGUCUUUGCAGAAGUUGGUGUGUCUUAGAAGCAAGUGGUGUGUUUGACAGUGUCAGAAAUUACUUGAACUUUAGGACGUAUGUGAAUACAGCCUUUACAUUUCAACUGCAAAGAUUCCCAGUAAGUUAUACAUUGUUGGACUGUUUGGAGAAAACAUGAAUGGCAUGAAUGAAUUUUUUAAUAUUUUUUAAUAUGGUUCUCAAACCACUCUACUGUAUCAAAACAGUGCGAGAAAUGCAUUAGCGAGAGGCUAACAGAAUGUCACUUUUACAGCUUUCUGCUGUUUGUGAGGAAAGUCUUGUCUUUUUUAACAUCCUGUCGAGGUUUUGUUUACUACCUGCAACCUAGCAACACAUCCAUGCUGUUCAACCACCAACACUGGGGAACCUUGAAGUAAAAAAAAAACAACUUAAAAAAAAGUUUAAGGACUGUUUCAACAUUAGCAAGAAGACAUAGCUGCCAAAUACAGAACUAAGAAUGCUCUUUCCUCUACACACACGCCUGCGAUGUUCUUCUUAUUCUUCACAAUUCUCUUUACAGACUGGUUGCAAAGAAACACCACAAACCAGUCUGGCAUACCUGCCUGAACAUUUUUAACUUUUUUUUCGGGUUGUUGUUGCCUAGACAGAGAAAUGUUCCAAAACAUCUCUGGUGGGGUCAGGAAUUCUUGUAAACAUAGGCAAAUCACAUUUUUAAGAAAUAUAUGUAUGGAUAUAGUAUAAUACAGCCAAACAAACACUGCAGUUAUAAGACUUGCUUAAAGUCUCCUGCCUUCUUUAAUUUAACUCGAUGCCACUAACUUCGCCGGAAAACUCUGAACAAAGGCUAUUUCAGUGUGUGUGAUGCAUUACUUUGUCUUCAUCUGACCCGUUGGCAGCAGUGACAGGCUGUAAAAAUAACUUCAAAGAUACAUUCAGUCCUCCGUCUGAUGGUCUGUAAUGCUUUUGUAUGUCAUAUAAAGGCUCCAGCAUCAUAUUGAGUCUGUUUUAAAACCGGUUAAAAGUCUUCAAAGUUCAUUUCAGCACACAAUUUUAAUUGAUUGUGAGAACACAGACAGUCCAGGCCUUAAUAUUCAGCGGACUUGAAACAUAAUACCACACCAGUGGCAGCUUGCCAAGGGUUUUGUAGCGCCUCAGCUGGUAGUCAAAUCUAUAGCAGAGUGAUUAGGCAGGCUGAGUUCAGCCACAUCAGCACAGCCUCCUGCUGGGAGAGGCUCGAGCUGAAGACUAAUUGCAUUGACGUGAGGUGCAGCCAAGGGCUGCUGGUUCAGGAUCUGAGGGGAGAAAUGACUGAAGAAAUACUGUACAACAGAGCCGAUCGAUAGUGAAGUGUGAGCUUUGCUGAUCCUUAGCGCUGAGCUCAUUGCUCAAGUCCCUGUAUACCCUCACUCCUCUUCUUUACUCCUCACUGCCAUGUCUGUUUUUUCUGCUCGACACAGUUCACUCAGAAGCCAGAGAUAGCCAACAGCACCAGUCGUGUAGACUACCGGCCCCACUGGGACUUCAAGCCAGACGUCUCAGAGAGAGGAUCUGCCCUGCUGAGAGCUGAGGUCAGCCGGUAACUGCUCAUUCAUGGCAUUAACACCAAUUGAAUGCCUGUCACAGGCCUGCAAGUCAGGGCUUUCUCCUGCGGAUCUAGGCCACUUCUGCAUAAUAUUGACAGUAGAGAUAAGGACUUGUGAUAAAACUCUUUAUGAAGCAAGUUUCUGGUUGCACUCAGCAGUCAUGAAAAAUGUGUAAAAUCAUCACUCCUACCGGGCACUUAAAGGCUAGUUAAAGCAAUUUGCUGCUGUCACAUGGUGAGCCUUUGAAGAUUAUUGUAAAAGAGUAGGUCGUGCCCUCUAUAUCUUAAUCCACUCAAGGCCAGUACAUACAGGCGGCGCUGAGACUUCUGUAUUGUCUUUUAGGGGAUCCCGUUCAAGCUGCUUUUUGCCCACCAUAGCCCGCCACCCUCUCAUUACUCGGUCACGCAGUAUGAGGAGAGCUAUGGGCAGAGGCGCAACAAUGCUUUGCCCACUCCACGACCCUGCCAUCCCAGCAGCUUGGUGUGGCAGCUUGAAAGGUCUGAGCGGCCAAUAUGUGGUAAGGCACAGCAAGACGUCGCAGCUUUAUUUAUACAACACGCUUCAAACACUCAGAGGGAACUCAAAGUGCUCUACAUGUGCAGAGAGACUUUUGAAUGCAAUUUUAGACGACGAGCGAAAGAACCAAUUCAGAUGGUGCAGAUUAUAUUGCAGUUACGUGUCGUGUAUAGGCUCGUAUACAUCCACAGAAAAAAAUAAAACUGAAUCCAUCACAGCAGCUGCAAAAGACUUUCAUUUUGUGUCGAUUUUGGCCACUUCUGUGGACCACACAGCACGCCUUUUUGAUCUCAACUUCAUUCCUAAACGUUUGACAAAGUCAUUUCAUAUCCAGAUAAAACCCUGAGCUGUGUAUCUUCUCAAGGCACAGAUAGUUUGUGGUUGAAGUUAAAGUUUUCAAACUUCUUGCUCCCUUGAAUAAAUAUCCCUGGGAGGAUGUAACAGGAGCUGCUCAGCCCUUGAAAUAAGUUUUCUGCUCGCCUUUCAUGAAACUAGACAAAUGACAUUAAAUUUGAGACAUGAGAACCCAGACAAUUGAAUUUCCUCUUGGGGAUAAACAAAGUUCUUCUUAUUUUAAUGAUCAUUACAGGGCGUCCAAGGCUAGAUGUAGUCUAAAUAAUAAAAUAUAGACCUAGUUAAUGCUUGAAUAUCUUUUUUCUGAAUCUGUUGGUUCAAAUCCUGCAAACAGUUUGUUCAAAAGAAAAAAGGAUUACAAAGCUGGCCUUUAUCUUGGUUUUUGUCCUGAUGAAACUAAGAGGAUUCAGGCUGGAUUAUAGAAAUAAAAUGUAACAGAAACUUUUAAACAAACAAAACAGCAGUUUUACACUGCAAUUGCUCAAGGCAUUCAUUUUUGAAUGAUUUAAAAAGACAUUCAGAUUGAGGAUAAUGUUGUAUCACAAUGUUAAAAUAUUUUAUCGAAUAGCUGUCAAUAUCAAUCAUGAAAUAUUUAAUUUAAACUCGUGGUGGGUUUCUCUCAAUUUCCAUGGAUUUUAGCGCCCCCUGUGGACGAAUUAUGACUCAUUGAGAGCAGUGGUUGGGAAUCGUUUUGAGUCUCAAUCCCCCUAGAAAAAUAUUAUUGAUCAGUGUUAUUCUGCCUCCAUAUAGCUAUUAAGCUAAUGUAAGGAUAUCAUCAUGGCACCAGUCAGGGCCAUCAUCCCAGCAAAAAUCCUGUCAGUCUGAAACAUCACUAAAUCAAACUUUGUGACUGGUAUGAGUAAAACAAUUACCCAAUAAACAACAUCUAAUAUUUUAGGUCGCUUCAAUUCACAAGCAACCUGCAACUUCCAGGAAUUAAUCUUUGUGCUCCUGUAGGGUCAGGACCCCGAGGUUACAAAUCAGUUAGUCUGUAUGUAUUGUAUUAAAACCUGGACUUUUGUAGACAUGUCAGUUAGACUGAAAUUAUACUAAUCACAGUUGGGGUAACAAAUCUUGAUAAUGCAGCUGGGGAUCAGUUUUCUGGUCCAUGUAUAUGGCUUGAUCUGACCUGAGCAUUCUUCUCAUGCUCAAGAGUUUGCACACCAGGCUUUGGUCCAAAAGUUUAACAGCGUUGCAAGGAAGCCUGGUUGUAAACAAAACCAAAUGAAGAAAGAGAUGAUGAAAGCUGAAACAAAUGAAGGCAGGGUAUGAGAAAAGAGAAAACUGUUGUAUCCUUCCAACAAAAGGCACAGAGUUGUAAAAAUGACAGAAUCUUGCUUGUUUGGUUGAUUGUUUUGUUCUCCCACUAAAUCAAUUCUUGCACCAUGCUUAAAAACUGUGACAAAGAGAGUAGUCCAGUUAUUUCACCGAAUGGAGCUCUAACCUUAGCUUGACUUAGUUAAACAGCUUCCCCUCUUCAAAAGAAAAAAAAAAAAAUUCAGGUAAUCUGGACUUGACUCAAAUUCAACUUGAGAGCCCCAAACUUGACCCAGACUGGAGGUUUGGACUACAACCCUGGCUGAAGCUCAUAUCAGAGUCUAUUAAAAGAUUUCUAACUGGAAGUUUGUUUUUAUGGCUCUGAAAUCAAGCUGAGCAGUAACUUUUAUUCUCUCCUCCUUCCAGCCAAUUGCAAUGAAUUAAAUCAGAGUGUAAGACCACAGUUUAAAUGCCAUGCCACCGCUGCCUGGAGGUGCAGAUUAUACAGGAAAAUGAUAUAUUUAUCCAUCCAGGCACCGGCACUGUGAGUGUGCAGCAAACACACUUAAGCGAAUUAAAUUUUGCAUGGAGCAGACACAUCAGCAGUUGUGCUCAUGAACAAUUAAAUCUGUGUGGCCCCAGAUGCCUUUCCUUGUUCCAGAUCAGUCACCAGUGUAAUUAAUGGCUGCAGUAACAUGGCAGUUAACUUUCUCCUCCCUGCGUUCAUUCACAGCCAACUCUGCCGCGCUGCAGUCCACAAAGCAGCAUUUGGAAAAGCAGCAGUCACGCCUCCCGUCGCUGACAGUGUACAGGUCAGCAUACCAGAAGCACCCACUUAGUGCUGUCUGCCAGAGCCGCUCUGCCAGGGCUUCACGUGGGCUCUCCAGCCACCUUCAUGCGGCCAAUCACAACAACAAGGACCUGGAUCUGAGGCGGCGUCCACUGCUGCAGGUUCCAGAUCCUAGUUUCAGUCAAAAUCCACAAUCACAACAGGUUUACAGACGGCACUGUUGCUACUGAAUCUGAAUCUGUGAGCUGUUUCUGGUUGACUUUAGGAACUGAUUUCCUUUCUAACUAUUUUCUAUCCUAUUUAUGUGACCCAACCCACCUUUUAAUCACAGUUAUGAAAAAAUAAAAGGUGUUGUUCUUGAAA